GUCCAAACAGCACUAAGACUGAGGGCAAAGGGCUAGAGGAGAUUAUCAGUGCAGGUUUAUGGACCAGUAAUCAUAACAGAUAUAAGACUCAUUGUGAAUCCAUCACUGCUUUGAGAGCUUCACGAGGAAUCAACAAGGAACAAAACUCUCUCAGGACCCAACUACAGUGUUUGGUCAACGCUAAUGAAAACAGAAGAUAAGUGAGCCAAAGCUUAAACAAACCAAGCCAGUCGAAGCUCAUUGAUUUUGCAGGACGAUGUCUUUGCCAGCGAGAAUUGUUCACAAGAGGAGGGCCACUAUCACAGAUCUGCCUCUUUACUACUCCGGACAGCUGCUGAAGAAACUCACCAAAGAGAAGGAUUUCAAGAAGUACUACGGAGAGCUCCGAGGAGCCACACUCUUUCUGUACAAAGAUGACACACAAGACACGUACACAGAGAAGUUGGACUUGGAACGGCUAAAGUCCAUGGAGUUAGAUUCUCCUUAUCAGAGGAAGGAACCCACCAUCUUCACCCUCACCCUGCACACAGAGGAGGUGCAGCUAAAGAUGGAGAACGCUGACACAGGAGAAGAGUGGAGGGGUUACAUCCUGACUGUGGUCAAAAAACAGAUUCCCAGUAAGAUGCAGCUGCUGCCUGGCCAGAUGUUGCUGCUGCAGGAUGCUCUGGAUCAGGAGAGGAGAAGAACCAGGGCGUGUCCAGCCCUCCCACCCCGACCGCCCUUCCUCCUCUCAGCCUCCUCCUCCCCUACAACGCCCAAAGACGAGCUUGACCACUGCGCCUCAGCGCUUCCUGCGUGUUUCCUCAGUGUGACUCGGCAGGAGGCUGAGCGAAUGUUGGAGGAAAACCCAGAGUGCGGAAGCAUCAUCCUGCGCCCUUCCACCCUCGCCAACAACUACGCACUAACCCUCAGACAACUGACGCCCAGUGGGCCAGUCAUAAAGAACUUCAGAGUGACCACCACAAACUCUGGGUUUGUCAUCGAACUGGACACGGCCGUGACGGUCUCCUCCUUGGACGACGUACUUCAAUACUUCCUUGAAAAGACGGAGUACCGUCUUCAUCCCUACAUGGAAUUUCAGCCCUACGACACUUGCAUCGAUGUGUCACCUGCUCCAAAGUGUAUCAGCAUCACCUCAACUACACCUAAAAUAGUACCCAAGGCACAAGUGGCCCCUAUGCUGCGUUCACAGACCAAAGCCGAGCUUCUGCCGCCUCCAACCAAACAAGAGGAGGACAAAUAUGUGGUUCCUGAGGAUCAGUGUCCUGAUGUUCACAACCUAAUGCUAGAUGGAUGGAGAGCUUCGGGAAGUUUUAAAGUUACGGAGGGAAAACUUUUACACAGAAACGGACAUGAUGGAAGCCACCACAAAGAGGAAUGAAACCACUGUAAAAUCCCACUCCGGCACAGCACAGUGGACCACAGAGAGUGCCGCAGAGUGAGGCUUGUACUGCUGUUGCUCGGUGAGGACCUCACUAGUCUUCUCAUUUAAUAACUAACUUUUAACUUCAGCUGUGAAAUUACAUGCUCCACCUUAAGUGUCUUUCAAAAAUGCACUGGACAAAGUUUGUGGCGGUUAAAUUAAAAUGAAAAAAAGUUCUCAAUUUCUUAAAGUAAGGGUCUCAAAUUUAAACUAGGAAGGGGCAAUCGGUAGAGUGCAGAUCAGCUGGGUCUGCAACGACCACUGCUGUACUGUGUGAUUGAAUACAACCCACACUGGACACUGGUCUGGACACCGAUGAGCUGUAACACGCCAUAAAACACACAUCAUUCAAACAAAAAAAAAGCAGCGAUGUAUGCAGACAACCAGGUCAAAGCCGUCGUAUAAGACACUUCAUACAAUCUUUCCUAAAACUAAACUAAACCCACCAAGCCGUCUGUCUGCUACAGCAGUGUGUGUAUUGGUAGUUCCAUUAGCUGUUAGCCAAACACACCGUUCAAAGCAAAAAGAUGGUUCAUCUUGGUUUAGCAUGUUAGCAUGCUAACAUGAGCUAAUUAGCACAAAGCACAGCUGAGGAUGAUAGGAAUGUCAAUAGCUUUGCUUAUAUUUAGUAAAUAUAUAAUAUAAUAAAUAAUUAAUGUAUUUGCCAGCCAAAUUUACAAAUAAGACUAAACACAUGGGUGACCUUCUGAAUCUGGACCCUGAGCUGUUAGUUUAAAACCUCUUCAAUUUAAAUACACAAUUUUUAUAUCGCGACAGUAGCCUACAACUUAAACACUGAAUAUUAAGAUAUAUUAGUAUUUUCUUGAUGAAAGAUUUACAAAAUCACUGUGACCGUUAAACGACGUAGUAAAGUAUCUUUUGAGUAUAAAUGACGAGAGACUACAGUUUAAUACAGACAACUUUAUGACCCAGAUUUGAAUAGAUUAGAAUAUGAUUUAACGUUUAUUUUCAUAUUCACUAUUAAUGACACAAACAAGAUGUAUCAAUGAGAUAUGGAUGUUUUCUGUUUGGUAGUUUGGAAGGUUAUCAUGUUUCAUGUUUUUGAAAAAAGAAUGAUCGAACUGUGAAAUUCAAAACGUAAUCUUAUGUUUGCUUCUUUCUUCAAAAGCACUGGAUGAAAAAAGUGUGAUCCAGGAUGAUCAUUAUUCUUUAUUUUUCACACACAGUAGUAACCCAACACAAAUGUUACAAUCAUAUCUUUUUAUAAGUUAUUCCAUUAAGAUUGUAUUUUCUUAUUUUUCAUAAUUAUCGUGGAACAUGUUAUAGGAUUUAAGUUUAAGGAUCAUUCGUCACUCAAUCAAGACAGCAAGACCGUGAAAAAGAUUCAAUAAAAAAAGAAAAACAAAGAUUGCCUCUCUUUUGUCUCCUCCUUUCACUGUAGCGUGUUUCAGAGCACCUCCUCUUAUUCAUCCCUCCCACCUCUUAUAUUCUGCGCCUUCACAAUCUGUUGAAGCAGCCUUCGUGUGAGAAAGACAAAUAAAAUAUCUGUAAUAACUUAACAUCUGAGGAUUUAAAAAACUAAAAACAGAAUAAAUUAAGAAGAUUGUUCCCCAAUGAAGACACACCUCCAUUGUUGUUGUUGUUGUUGUUGUUGUUGUUGUGACAUUACUUCUCGGUGAGUGACAGCUGCAGGAUCCUCUCCAGCUCAUCCUCUUCCUCCUUCUGCCUCCUACGACAAAAAUAGGAAAUAAAGCAGUCAGAACAAUGACAGCCCUAUAACCAUUACUAUAUCUUUACCCGGAAAAAAAAAAUUCUGAUAAAUUUUCUGAUGUUAUUCUUUAAUAUUUUUUAGAUCACGUGAUAGUUUUUUUGUAAAACAAAUCUUUGUCCAAGUACACUACAUUUGAAGGAGUCUGUUUGCAGGCUCAUUCAUGCCUAUUCUAAAAAUAAAAACACUGC